AGGUUAUUGAUAUAAGGAAAAUCUUGUGAGAUGUGCGCGCAUGCGUAUGAUAUAAACAACAAACGCGAUGUGCCGGAAGCUCUGUGUGAAAUCAACACAGUGUGCUGUCAGUUGAAAGAUGGAAGUCCCAAGACUGAAGAAACGACCUCGGCGCUUCUGUAAACAUUGCAACACUGAACUGUGUCAUACACAGUAUUUUGACCACAGAAAGCGCUAUUUAAAAAUGGAGUUUGGGAGAAAAAAAUCCAAAAGGGCUACGUCAGAUAACGUACAGAGCCUGCUGCUACCCAGUCAUGAAUCCGCUGUGAGUGAUGUCCCGUCAUGUGUAAAGACCCGGAGGAUAACUUUACUGGAGUUAGAGAGAUUGGUGAAAGUGAAAUGCACUCCGAGGACCCAGAAAAAGAAGUGAUUGAAGAAUUUGAAGAAACGCACCCAGCGAAUUGCAGUUCAGACAACGACGAAACAGCAGAUGACCAAAGCAUUCGUCUUUUCCUGGACAUCUCCUGUUGUGUGGAUGACUAUGUGGAUGAAGAGGGGGAAAUCCUUGCUGAGGAGCAGAGUGAACCCUAUCUUCACAUACAAGAUGGGGAGGAGCAUGGAAGUGAUCAGGCCAGAAGUGAAAAACCAGAACACUUGUUAAUGAAACUUUUGGGCAUGAUGAAAUUGACUGGUAUCCUCCGUGACGACUUCUUACAGUAUGUGGUUUGUCCAAAAUGUAUGACAGUGUACAUGCUUACUGAAACCUAUGAGCUCAGACGGGAUGGUACAAAGGUUUGCAGGACUUGUGGUCACAUCCCAUUCUACAAUCACCCACAGCAGAGGUCUGCAUUAAGAAAGAAAUGUGGCUCUGCCUUGCUAAGAAAGGCUACAUAUUUGAGCAGUGAAGAGGAUGUCCAUCCAAUAUGUCUUACUGAUACAAGAGUGUUGUGCAGUCUCUGGGAGGACUUGUUAAAAGACUUGGAUUUGAAGAGAAAUUAG